AUGGGGGAAGUGGUGGCUGGCUUUGCUAGCUUCUAUGGUGACUGUUCCAAUGAUAUUGUAGAAUUGCGAGCACUGAGAGAUGGUUUAAAAAUGUGUGAGAGGUUAGGCUACACGGAGAUCCAGGCCAACUCAGACUCGACAGCUACUAUCAUGACUGUGAUGAAAGGAAGGCAUGGUAAUUGGAAAGGAUGGUAUUGGAUGCAGGAAAUUCAAGUGUUGAUUAACCGCAUCAAACCAAAAAUUUCAUUCACAUAUAGAGAAGGGAACAGGGCGGCAGAUUACCUAGCUAGUUUAGCUUGUGAACAGAAAAGAGACCUGGUGUUUCACGGGGAAAAUCAAUUACCACAAGAACUCCGCAGGAUUACUCGAGAAGAGGCUUUAGGCCUAGCAGUGAUUUGCUUUUGA